UCUUGAGUUCCCAAUAUAUCGCAAUACGUAUCGCAACACGGAUAUCAGGAAUAGCAAUAUAUUGCAAUACAGUUUAAUUGUCAAUACACAGGCCUAAUUUCAGAGCAUUAGAGGACGGGCUUACUUCACCUUGGAAGUAACGAUUUAAAAUUACACAAUUUAAAGUCCAGUACGCAAGUGCGUGACAUAUAUAAACAGUCGAUUUCGGAGCAUCAGUGGACGGGCUUAAGCCUGGUGUCAUCACUGAUUUUCAGUGUGCCAACCCUAUAGAUUUUAUAUCUCCUUUGUCCUUCAGACAACAUAGAAUCUGCCCAAAUCGUUGUAAUCCCUUAAAGAGACGUUGUAUAUAUCCUUUCUAGCAUUACCGAAUACUACACUAGCAAUAAGAGCUCGUACAGUUAGGACGGCAAGGUGUCUAACAAACUCUAACUGUUAUAAUAAACAAUAUCGUUGUACUUGAUCAGAAGUUUCCCAGAUAUGUCUGUUCAGUGUGAAGUUGGUGACCAAUCCUGAUUUAUACUCCAGUUAAGCACAUCUGUGACGUGUUUUGACAACAUAUAUCAAAAUAAUAUUAUAUUUUGCAAACGCAAUGCAGAGAUAAUGUAAAGGAGUACAGCCAACAGCACAAGAUUAUAUUUUAUAAUGCAUUUGAAUACAAUAAAGUCAACCAUGUGUACUGGCAUGGAUAAACCAUGCAAGUCAACUACAAACAUAUUUACUCGUCCACCUUUUGUAUGAUGAACAUUUCUGUCAUUUUAUAUUUGUGCAUUUCUGGGUUUAUGAAGAAUUUGUAACUUGCCAUGAUACAGAAAUAGCCAUCCAUUUUAGUGCUUUGUUUAUUUGUUUGUGUGAAGUUAAUGUAUUUCGUAUUGUAGUCGUGUAACAAAGGCCACCGUCGUAAACAGAAAUGAAUAACAGCAACAAAACCCUUCCAACAUCCUCAAAUUUGCCAUAAGAAUGGCUGCUGCAAGCACCCAACCAACUGGGUUUGUUGACAACUGGCAAGCUGGGAAGACCCUGGCUGAAUGUAAUCUGCGCAUGUUCCAUGCGGAAGAUUCGUGUGACGUCACUUUCAGAGUGGGAAGUUCUGGUGAUGUGAUCAAGGCCCACCGUUAUGUGCUCAUUAGCAGAAGUUGUGUGUUCCACGCCAUGUUUACUGGCCCCCCUGGCGGAGAAAUCCGACGUCAGUGUUCUGGAAAUAGAGCCGACUCACUUCAGGCAGUUUCUGUUAUACCUUUAUACCGACAACGCAGAUAUUGACGCCGACAACGCCACGGGUCUUCUGUACGCAUCCAGAAAGUAUGACAUCACCGCCUUAGAGUUAAAGUGUCUAAAUUUCUUGAAGAUCAACCUUACUGUUGACAACGCCUGUGUGAUCUUGGAGGCCGCUCAUCGUUUCGAUGAUAUCCAAUUGUACCAGGAGGCCUUGACCUUAGUGAAAAACGAAGGUGAAACGUCAUUGCAGACAUCAGGAUUUCUGGCGCUGAGUCAAGUAUUCGUGGAUAAGAUCGUUGAGUCGGAUGACCUUGCGGCACGGGAACACGUGGUCUUCAAUGCAGUGAACAGCUGGGCAGAAGCAGAGUGUGGACGUCAGGGAAGGGAGGUAACUCCUCAUGCCAAGAAAUCCAUCCUUGGGGAAACUUUAAUAAAGAUACAGAACAGAAACAUUGCCCUGUGUACGCAAUGCGAGUAGACAUAGUAUUUCUUUCUCAUCCAACAAAGAUGUGAUGCUGCUUGGUUAUCAACUGUAUGGCCCCCAUACGCCAUCUGGUGUGUCUUUUUACACUGUUACGUCCUACUUGGGCAACGAAGAUACAGAUACGAACUCGAUGAUUCAUGAUGCCAAGAAAUAUGAGGUUAAAGACGACACGUUUGAUGUGUUGUGGGAGAAGCCGGUUGCCAUCAGUGCCAAUCAGUGGUUCACUUUGGAAGUGGAGAUACAAGGACAUUACACGCGUUGUGGAACAGGAGGGCGUGAGCAGGUGGUAUGUGACGUGGAGAAUGUGACGUUCUACUUCAGGAAUUCCAAUCAAAUCAUAAAUGGUACACGUGUAACGCAGGGACAGAUACCAUCUCUCAUAUAUUGUCUUACUUGAACCUGAACUGCAAUCGUUGUACAAAUACAGCUCUUUCAACAUAACAGCAUGUCAUUGCAGUAAUAUGUACAUUUCAUCAAAUGUAAUCACCCUAUGAGCAAAUGUAAACAGAAAGCUAUUAAAAGUUACACGAACAGGUAGAUACCUAUCCUGAAUUCUGGGACAGAAUAUUAUCAUGUGCAUCCGCUGAUUGAUGUAAGAGUCGACAUUAUAGAUCCAAUCGUAAUGUUGCGAUGUCCACUGAACAAUGUAUCCUUUGACAAUCAGUGCCGAACAAGGGCAUAAAAUCUUGGUUUCCAGCGUCCAAAGGUCCAGCGACUACUAUUCCUGAGGAAUGAACGACAGAGGAGUGUACCAGUGUUCGGGUCGACAUAUAUAACGUUUAUAACGAGCUCAAGGGACCACCAAGUCUUGUUCGUCAUCGCCUUAGUGAUUUCUGUUAAUUUUAGUUCGUCAUCAGUGUCUCAUCACCGUAGUUCGUUACCACUAAUUAAUACAGAACAUGUUACUCUGCAUGCAAGAAAAAGCGCUAUAGAACGAUAGACCUGUGUGGAAAUCCUGAAAGUACUUAUAUUAUCAACGGUCAUGUGAACAGCUUAUAGCCUGAAGCUCAAAGGCCAAGUUGGACUGUGAACAAUAUUGUGAUGUGGACAGUGUAUGGAAGUCUGUUGCGGAAAUGUUAUCACCAUCAGGAGCAGGAUGUGUUUGAACUUUGAAUCACGUUCGUGUGUUGGUUGUGCAAGGUCCAAUGAUAGUAAUGUUGAAUUAAAUGCUUUGUGGCUUGUA